AUGAGGCAAAUUCUUCUAGUUUUAAUUCUGUUAAUAAUAAAUGUCUGUUGUAUUAAAAUAAGUAAAAAAAUAAAGUUAAAUGAUGAUGUUACUGUACCUAAUGAUGAACCAUAUGACAUUGACAAUAACACAGCAGAAUACUGCUCCAAAAAAUCAAAAGAGAAUUCUAGUGAUUCAUUUGAUGAUAAAAUUUAUAAAAGUGGAUAAGAAAACUGCAUUGAGGGAUUAAAAAUUCCACAUGGCAUUGAAGAUAGAGGUAGCGUUUUUGAUGAAUUGACAGGAUGUUUAACUUAAUUCUAAAAUUAUUCAGAAGAAUUUGAAGCACUAAUAAAAUUUUCUAAUUGCGUAUUUGAAACAACAAUAAAGCACAAAGGUGGUAAUUCUAAAGACACUUAGAUUUAUGAUUCAUAAACGUAAAAAUAAGAUAAAAGCGAAAAGUAAAAAUAGUAAUGA